AUGGCCGACAAAAGGGUGCCGACCAGGAGGAUGAUGCCUAAAUGGUUAACCUUUGUUAUUGGAGCAGCCAGUGGAUCCACACUAUCAGUCCAAAAAGGCUCAUUUCUAUUUUCUUUUCCCAGAACCGGCAAACUGCACUAUCCCACAAAUGUGUGCGGGCCACUGUUCGAGGAGGAGCUGGAGUUCUGGGGGCUGGACUCCAACCAGGUGGAACCGUGCUGCUGGUCCACCUACAGUAUACACAGGGAUACACAGAACACCCUGGCAAUCCUCGACAAACUGGACAUUGACAGUGAGAAGCCGUCUGAAGAGGAGAUCGCGCGGCUGUUUGGGUACGAGGAGGCGUACCUGUCAGGGGACCUGGGCAUCUGGCAGAGAGUCAAGCCUAAAGUGUGGGCGCUGUUUGACGAGCCCUCCAGUUCACCUGCUGCUAAGGUGAUAUCAGCAAUAUCCGUCUUCUUCAUCUGCAUAUCAGUCCUGUCCUUCUGCUUGAAGACGCACCCUGACCUCCGGGUGUUCAGCCACGGGACUCUGGUCAGAGAGAACGGCUCAGAGUCUCUAGAGAUGCUCUGGCACGACAAUGGGAAACCACAUGCAGCAUUCUUUUAUAUAGAGCUGGUGUGUAAUGUGUGGUUCACUAUUGAAUUGCUGGUGCGAUUUUUGGUGGCCCCAAACCUAAUAGAAUUCGUCAAAUCACCAGUGAACAUAAUAGAUUUUAUAGCAACACUAAGUUUUUACAUGGACGUGGUAGUAGAACUGACAGUGGUUCGGCAGUACGUGGAUAAAGCCGACAUUCUGGAGUUCAUCUCCAUCAUCAAGAUCCUCAGACUGUUCAAGCUGACGAGGCACAGCCCAGGGUUAAAGAUUCUGGUGCAUACCUUCAAGGCGUCGGCUAAGGAAUUGACGCUGUUGGUGUUUUUUCUGGUGCUCGGCAUCGUGAUAUUUGCGAGCCUUGUUUAUUAUGCUGAGAAAUCGCAGGAUAACCCCGACAACCAAUUCAAGUCCAUCCCCCUGGGUCUAUGGUGGGCCAUAGUAACGAUGACCACCGUGGGCUACGGAGACAUGGCACCCAAGACAUAUCUAGGCAUGUUCGUGGGCGCACUGUGCGCUUUGGCGGGCGUACUCACCAUUGCGUUGCCGGUUCCAGUCAUCGUGUCCAACUUCUCUAUGUUUUAUUCACAUACUCAGGCCCGGUCGAAACUUCCAAAGAAACGGCGCCGCGUGCUACCAGUGGAACAGCCGAGAAGAAAACGCGACGCUAGCGCCUCCAACCGCCGUGUCAAUGCUGUGAAACAUCCCGUAGUACUGAAAGACUUGCCUCCGGGAGGGAAUAAGUUUGGUGUCAACGGAAUGAACAUGAUCAGCCUCGCACUCCAGGGUCCAACGACGAAUCUCCUCCGGCCACCAGCCACUGCCACCAUGCCUCUUCAAGCAAGAGCACCCAUUGUCGAGAGUCCGGUAAUCAACACGCAGUCGGGUGCCAUAUCGCUAGCGUCACUGCAACCGCCUCUAAUGACUGCCCCACCCCUGCAACCAAGACCUGCAACCACUGGCUCCUUAGACCUCAUGCUGCCAUUACAACCCAAGUUGCUACCAGGUUACAACCUCCAAUCGUCAUUCCUCUCCAACACCCUAUCAACAGUAAGGCCACCAGACAUAGAAAAGAAAGACGAUCUAUAUAAACCCAGAAUCGAAGUCAUUGUAGAAAAAAGGGAAGCAGAAGACAGUGAUGCUUUCGAAGAUUCAAAUAAAACAGACCAAGUUAAUGGCUACAGUGAAUCUAGCAAUCAUAAUAUAUCUGAAGUAGUUGAUAAUGAUAAUGUGAUUAAAGAUGAAAUUAAUUCUAAUCUAAUAGACACUAACAGUAUUGUGAAUUCAAAUGAUAAUGAUGAUAGUCCCAAUAACAAUUCUUAUUAAAUGUUAAUUGUAAAUGUUUCUAGCUGUGAAACCCCGUUAGAUAAAAAUGUCUCCCAUUAGAUUUUAUGAAUCUGUAAUAUAAAGAAAUCUCUUUUCUUAGAAUUUUCUAGUCAAUAUAUUUGUGUCAAAUCAUGGUAUAUAAAGGAUAAGGCACUUGAAAUAUUUUUACUUAUUGAUGAUGGGAGUGUAAAGGUGCUAUGUGGAAGAAAAUUUGAAAAGAUUAGAAAAAUAUGAUUGCACUAAAAUGU